AGUCAUGAAACCGAUUGGUUGACUUGACUGUAAAAAAGCGCCCAUUUUUGUAAUAGUCGACCACUAUUGGACGCAUGCAUAUAUCUAUAAAACUGGUGGAAAAGAUUGGGAGAAAUCACGUCAAUCAGCCUCCAAAACCAGUACCCCGCUUUUGGAUAUUGAACACUCCAGUAACAUUCUUUCCACUGAAGGCUCAAACGCGAACAAAGUAGCGUCGAAAAGGCUGGGAGACGUUGCUUAGAUGGAUACAAAUAAUGAAACCCUCACUCGAACCGAAGCUUGAUGGCGUGGGGAUAUCGCUGUAAUUGUAUUUUUGUAGGGACAGUGUUGUCAGCGUGACCCGUUGAAGUGGUAUCUUUUGGGAACCAAUGCAGACCCCCCCUCAGAUCCUCACGCUGAGUGCCUGUGGCUGGGUCAGCAGCUUCUGUCGCUUUCGAGAGAUUGGGACAAGUGAUUCGCUGGAGGCGUCGGAGAAAAUGUCAGUCAGCGUUCAUGAAAACCGCAAGUCCCGGACCAGCACAGGCUCCAUGAACAUAUCGCUGUUCCACAAACCAUCGCAUCCUGACAGUGUGCUAACGCACCUGAACACGCUACGAAAACAGUGCAUGUUCACAGAUGUGACACUAUGGGCUGGGGACCGCUCCUUCCCCUGUCACAGGGCAGUGCUGGCUGCUUGCAGCCGCUACUUCGAGGCCAUGUUCAGUGGGGGGUUGCGCGAGAGUGUCGACAGUGAGGUAAACUUCCAUGAUAGCGUGCACCCCGAGGUGCUGGAGCUUCUCCUGGACUUUGCUUACUCAUCCCGCAUUAUCAUUAACGAGGAGAAUGCUGAGUCUCUGCUGGAGGCAGGAGACAUGCUGCAGUUUCACGAUAUCAGGGAUGCAGCAGCGGAAUUCCUUGAGAAGAAUCUGCACUCGUCCAACUGCUUGGGCAUGAUGCUCCUGUCAGAUGCCCACCAGUGUAAGCGCCUGUACGAGCUAUCUUGGAGGAUGUGCCUGGUCCACUUUGAGACUGUCAGAGACACUGAGGACUUUUACAGUCUUUGCAAAGACAAGCUGCUUGACCUGAUCCUUAGCGAUGAGUUGGAGAUUGAGGACGAGCAGAUUGUGUUCAACGCUGUGAUUCUCUGGGUGCGUUAUGACCUGGAGAGUCGAAGGGACUACCUACCAGAUCUGCUGAGGGGCAUUCGCCUAGCACUGCUGCCCUCUGAAUUCCUGAUUGAGGCAGUUGCGUGCGAAGAGCUUGUUAUGUCAGACAAAAGGAGCCAGCAGAUAGUGGAUGAGGCUAUGCAAUGCAAGAAGAGGAUCUUGCAGAACGACGGAGUUGUAACCAGCCCCUGCGCCAGGCCCAGGAAGGCUGGACAUACCCUUCUAAUCCUUGGGGGACAGACUUUCAUGUGUGACAAAAUCUACCAGGUGGACCACAAAGCCAAGGAGAUCAUCCCAAAGUCUGACCUGCCAAGUCCAAGGAAAGAGUUCAGUGCCUGUGCCAUUGGCUGCAAGGUCUAUGUGACGGGAGGGAGGGGUUCAGAGAACGGGGUGUCAAAGGAUGUGUGGAUCUAUGACACUGUCCAUGAAGAAUGGUCGAAGGGGGCACCCAUGCUAAUUGCGCGGUUUGGCCAUGGCUCUGCCGAGUUGGAGAAUUCCUUGUAUGUGGUCGGGGGCCAUACAGCCAUUGCUGGUGUGUUCCCCGCUUCACCCUCUGUUUCAUUAAAGCAAGUAGAGAGGUAUGACCCUCUCUCCAACAAGUGGACCAUGAUGGCUCCCCUCAGGGAUGGUGUCAGUAAUGCUGCUGUGGUCAGUGCUAAGAUAAAGCUGUUCGUCUUUGGUGGUACAACAAUUCACCGGGACAAGGCAUCCAAGGUGCAGUGCUACGACCCUGUGGAGAACCGCUGGUCGAUUGCAGCCGAGUGCCCACAGCCUUGGCGCUACACUGCAGCAGCAGUCCUGGGCAGUCAGAUCUUCAUCAUGGGGGGGGACACAGAGUUUACGGCUGCUUCUGCUUACCGGUUUGACUGUGAGACCACCGAGUGGACUCGCGUUGGUGACAUGACCUCGAAAAGAAUGAGCUGUCAUGCAGUGGCAUCGGGAAACAAACUAUAUGUAGUUGGCGGCUACUUUGGGACUCAGCGCUGUAAAACACUAGACUGUUAUGAUCCGAUAUCGGACAGCUGGAACAGUAUAACUACAGUGCCUUAUUCAUUAAUUCCAACAGCUUUUGUGAGCACUUGGAAACAUCUUCCUGCUUAAUAGGCUCAAUUUGGAAGUGAAAUCAAAUUGGGCAUCACAUAUACCUGACUGUGGAGGAAGACAUCCAUCACCCCCAGCAGUCUCCCUGCAAAACUGUGUUUGUGUGAGUGUCUAAGUGCAGAUGGAGCAGCAUGGAUGGAGCAGAUCUCUGGAUGUGCUACUCAGCUAAGAGCUAUAAGUUCAGAAAGCCUCUCACCUCACUACCCUUCAAAAAAUGUCCUUUCGGGUGCCAAAUGGCCCGAUUAUCUCCAUAAGAGCACAACGGAAGGGACACCUGAGGGCCAGAGAAGCUUCCGAGGACGGUUUUUCGGACGUCACUGUGAAAAAAUGCCUACCUGGUGACAUCAAAUCAGUAGCUUAACAAAAGAGGUCUUCUUGCUGUUUCUGUUAUUGUUUGUCUGUUGCUGUUGUCACCUAAAGCCUCUCUCAGUUUGCACAGAUGUGGAACACUGUUAAGGGUGUUUGUAUCAUUCCUACAGGCAGUCUCUGACCAGCAAGGUUACAGGACUGAUUCGGGUCCUGUGGUUCUGACAACCAUCGUCAUCUCUUCCAUACAGCACUGAUCACCAUCCUUGGAACCACGAGCACACAGACACUUAAUCAUGAAUCCCACUGUUUUUAAGCGGUUGAAAGACUGUUUUUAAUGAAAUACACAAACAAAACACACAACCUGGGUUGCAGUACAGGUUUACCGUUUGAAAGAGGAUUCCUGCUAUUUAUUUAACUACCUGUAAAACAAUUCCUGGAGGCUCCUCCAAUUCCAUGGCACAACAGACUGAUCUUUUUGAUUAUUAAUAGAUAUCUGAAGUAAUGAAAAAAGUUAGUAAUUGCAUUGCAGUUAAUAUAUGUGUUCUAGUGAUUUACAAUUGCACUUGCCACUGUAAGUUUGAUACUGAUUUGGGAGGAUUGCGGGCUUGUUAAAUGAACGUUGACUUUAUGGAGUACGUCUGAAGAGUGACAUUGAGAGAAAUGAAGAUAAAAGACUAGAAGAGAAGACGGAGCACGUUUCUGCCUUUCUGAAGACAAUUUUUUGGAAGAGCGUAGGUUUCACAUUCUUUUCACAAAGAUGACUCAGCUUCUUAAGCUUUCUCCAGGGCGGGGAGCGGCCGCGUCUCGUGGAUUAAGAGACCCGCAUCAUGUAGAGCCUGCCUGAGAACUGAUUUCCUGGUGCCUCUUGACUGGUAGAAGUUGUUUUUGUUGUUGAUUGACUCUGCGGAAGGGUUUGAAUAAAUGGCUUUCUGACAUGUUA